AUCACAAUCACAAUGGCACAGUCGACACAAGCAGCGCAAGAAGCGCAGCCUCUCAUUGCGGACAAGAUCCCCACGGGAGAGUACCCUCUCAUUGACAACGACCCUCACAUCUCUCGCGUCAUCCGAUAUGCUCGACCAGGCGACUGGGCGGCAGGCGCCGCCGUUGGAGCGCUCUCCCCAGCAUUGAUGCUCUACUGGGAGCGAGUCUCCCCCUCCUUCGUCGGAAAGGGAGGAUUUCCACCCAUUCUACGCUUGAGCGGCGCAAUUGGCCUCACAGGAAUGUUCAUGUUCGUCUGCUCGAGAUCAUCUCAUCGCUUCUACGGUGCGCGCGAGAAUCGCCGCGAGGUUGAGAUGGACAUGAGGGAGAUGGUCGACAAGGUCAAGCGCGGAGAGCCGCUCUACGGAAAAUCGGAAAUGUCAGAGUACCUCCAGGGUGUCUCCCACAGGAACUCGAGGUACUCGGCCGUCUUUGCCCACGUCAUCCCCUGGCCCAACCUCGUCAACCACCCGUACCACGGCGUCGAUACCGCCAAGUACUACCGCCAGGCUGAGUUGGAGCUUGAGCAGGAGAGGGCGGCGAAAUAGAGUGGUUCGUUGGGAGGGGUGUUUUGUGGCUCGAC